UUUAUUAAUUUUGCGGGAAAUGCAACUUUCCUUUUCAGAGAAUGUUGUUGUUGAUUUGAAUGCAUAUUCCAGCUCUAUGAAUGACUAUGUUGGAGGGCAGCAUUUUUACCACCUUUCCUCCCGCCCCCUCAGAAGGAGACUUAACAGUGUGUGAACAGAAUGGACAGAUGGUCAGUUUACCAAGCUCCUCUAAACCCUAUAAAAAGCCAGCAGGGUACCCAGAUGUGAAUAUUUCUGGUAGUGGAUCAAGCAGUUUGACCCACCGUGAGAAUGCGAAAUCAGCCUUCCUACCUCACAACGAGACAGUAUGGAAGAGAGCCCUCCAUGCCUGGUAUGAAAUGGGGACACCAGGUGUUUUUGAGGAGAUAGUUAAUAGCAGUCAGGAAGUCCCUGAGUGUGUAGGUGUCCUGGCCAAGAAGACCUUGACCUUUGUCCGAUGGGCAAACUCUCUUCAUGGAUCUGUCUUCCCUCAUCUCUCUAUGUCUAAUGAAGAAAUCAUUACCAAGUUUACAGACAUAUCUAACUGGCCCCGUAGUCCAGUACGUGCCUUUGCCUGGCAUCCUCAUACACUCAAAUUUGCCUACGCCCUUGGUGAUGAUUCGAUCAAAGUGCAUUCUGGGAAAAGUGAUCUGGUUCCCACUCUCAAACAUAAGCUACAGAAAAAUGUUGCUGCUUUGGCCUGGCAACCUCAGUCAGCCUCUGUCCUAGCUGUUGGCUGUCAGUCCUGUGUUCUUAUCUGGCAUGUAGAGCCCACCUCACUAGCUACCAGACCAUCUACAAGUUCAUGUCAAGUCUUACAGCAGACUAACCACUCCCCCGUGACCUGUCUGGCGUGGGACCCCAGUGGUAGGAUCCUCCUCUCAGCCUCACCGGUGGACACCUCUCUUAUGGCUUGGGAUGUUCCUAUGGAGACUUGUGUACCACUCCGAAGACACGGGGGUGGGGGCGUGUCUCUCUUGCGAUGGUCCCCUGAUGGAUCCAAAGUUUUUUCAGCCACACCAUCCCGGUUAUUCAGAGUUUGGGAAACAAAGAAAUGGACCUGUGAAGUGUGGACGAAAUGCACAAGUCGCUGUAAGGCUGCAUGCUGGAGUCCAGAUGGUAGAACCUUACUAUUUGCCACUGAAAAUGAGCCAGUCAUAUACUCCCUUACAUUUUCCACCAGUGAAGAUGAUACGUCCACUGUGAUUGGUGGAUCUCAGUCAGCUGUUGUGUCUGUCAAUCUGUCAGAGGUUGAAAUAGCCACUGUGGAUGGGAAUAUGGUCAAGAUUGGGGGACAUGUACAAAGUAUGGUGAUGGAUCGACAUGGGGAAAGAUUAGCUGUAACUCUACAUGAUGACAGGGGUCAGGUUCUGCCAUUUGUAGCUCUCUUCAGGACAAAGAUAAACCCCAUGUUGGAGAUUACUCCAUGUGGAUUAAUACAAGGAGAACCUGGAGAAUUCCCCCAACAGAUAUCAUUCCAGCCAAAUUAUGACAAGGGGGCAUUACUCUCCAUCAUUUGGAGUUCCUCCGUGUUACGCUACGUACCUCUUUACUUUAUCUCCAGUGAUGAGAUACAGAACAUUCAAUAUCGUCAUCCUCCCCCACCCACCCUCAACGGACACCUGCUGUCACCCAUAUCCAGACCCACCUGAACCGACACACGGUGAUUCUACAGAAUGUGACAAGGAAUGUAUUUAAAUCAUGUACGGUAAUCAUUAGGCAGAAUAUAAUCGUGUCAUGUAUAGAUGUGUCAGUAAAUAUGGACAUGUGUAACAUGGAUUCUUUGAAAAAGUGGAAGUUGCAGAUGUGAAUGUUGUAAAGUCAUGGCUAUCAGAUCAUGCUAUGUGUGUACUAAGUCAAGGUUCAGCUCAUGUGUAGGCUGUUGUCUAAUUAAAGCAAUCUUUAAUUAACACUA